GCCGGUGUCCUUUCUUCACAUCCGCUCGCGUGUGCAGGUGGAGCCUCGAAGGACAGACGCGCCGCUGCCGCUGCCGCUGCUGGGGAUGAGAAAGGCGCGGAAGGGACACGCGUGACGCACAGCCACGCUGGGAAUUUGCUUUUGGCUUUUGGAAACACCUCCUCCAAAUCUGGACGAUAGCAACGCGGGGACUGACUGCCGCGGAAACAUCCUGCCUCGCCCCAGUCAUUAUGUGACUCCUAUUUUCCCAAUUUGUUGUGCUUCGGAGAAGAAUGGCCAUCCACUGAAAUCAAGAGUGCUUUUGGGACUAAAGAGACCAAGAAGUCGCCUAACCUCCCCUUCCAUUUGUGCUCUACUAUUAUUAUUCAUUCAGUUCGUAGAGGCGCCAACGCAUGGAGAGACAGAGGCGAGUUAGGAUAAGGACAAAGAAUUAGAUCAGGGAAAUCUGGAAAACAGAACUGCUGGGUCGGUGGGAAAUUGGGAAUAAAAAGGCCCCGGCUCGGCUUUUUCCUGGGUAGCUCCAAGAGUGACAAAUUGUUCCUCACAUUUCAAAUCUGUUACCUCUGCAUCAUGAUUUGGGGCUUAAGAUUCCCGUGUUGGCCCUUGUUGCCGCUGGCCCUCGUCAGCCUGCUGUCCAGAGUGAGGGUGCUGGAGUUUGGGGGGGCGCCUGGCCAAUGGGCCCGCUACGGGCGCUGGGAGGCCGGCUCGGUAGGCGAGUUGAGCUUCAGCCUGAAGACCAACGUCAGCAAAGCUUUAGUACUCUACCUGGACGACGGCGGCAACUGUGACUUCCUGGAGCUGCUGAUCGCUGGCGGGUGCCUCCAGCUGCGCUUCGCCAUCCACUGUGCCGAGCCGGCCGUUUUGCACACAGAGACGCGGGUGAGCGACGACCGCUGGCACAUGGUCUUGCUCACCCGCAACUACCGGGAGACUCUCCUGAUGGUGGACGGCGAGACCAAAGUGGCAGAGGUCAAGUCCAAGCGGAAGGAGAUGGCCGUGGUCAGCGACCUGUUUGCCGGCGGAAUACCGCCCGACGUGCGCCUCUCCGCGCUCACCUCCAGCACGGUAAAGUACGAGCCCCCCUUCAUGGGCUUGAUCUCCAACCUGAAGGUGGGAGAGACCCCACCUACGCUCCUGAACAGCCAGGGCAUCCAGAGCGACCUGGAGUACCUGUGCACCAAACAGAAUCCGUGCUUCAAUGGAGGCUUUUGCUCCAUCCAGUACGGAGAGGUUCAAUGCGACUGCAGCCACACCCGCUUCAAGGGGAAGUACUGCAGGGAAGCUGAGGAGUUCGCCAUCGAAGGUCUGGCGCACCUGACGUUAAACGACCAAGGUAACACACUUCUGCUUCUAAAAAUGAAAGAAAAAGAUGGUUUCAUUGAGAAUGUCUUUGCUGGUCAUUCACGGACACUUGAAGGUGACUCAUCUCAAAGCGGAAAGGAAGAAUCUGUAGCAACCUUCAAGGGCAACGAGUUCUUCUGCUACGACUUGUCGCUGACGCCGAUCCAGAGCAGCACCGACGAGAUCACGCUGUCCUUCCGCACGCUGCAGCGCAACGGCCUCAUGCUGCACACGGGCAAGUCGGCCGACUACGUCAACCUGUCGCUGAAGAGCGGCGCUGUCUGGCUGGUCAUCAACCUUGGCUCCGGGGCCUUCGAGGCCCUGGUGGAGCCCGUAAACGGCAAGUUCAACGACAACGCCUGGCAUGAUGUGCGCGUCACCCGCAACCUGCGCCAGCACGCAGGCAUCGGACACGCUAUGGUAACCAUCUCGGUGGACGGCAUCCUGACCACCACCGGCUACACGCAGGAGGACUACACCAUGCUGGGUUCGGACGACUUCUUCUACAUCGGCGGGAGCCCCAACACUGCCGAUCUGCCGGGCUCGCCCGUCAGCAACAACUUCAUGGGCUGCCUCAAAGAUGUGGUCUACAAGAACAACGACUUCAAGCUGGAGCUCUCCCGCUUGGCCAUCCAGCGGGACCCGAAAAUCACCCUGAACGGCGACCUGGUGUUCCGCUGCGAGGACGUGGCGGCUCUGGACCCGGUCACCUUCGAGAGCCCCGAGUCGUUCAUCUCGUUACCCAAGUGGAACACCAAGAAGACGGGCUCCGUCUCUUUCGACUUCCGCACCACGGAGCCCAGCGGCCUCCUGCUGUUCAGCCACGGCCGCCCUCAAGGUCCCAAGGAGCAGCAGAAGCCCGGCAGGGAGCUCAAGACAGAUUAUUUCGCCUUGGAGCUUCUGGACGGGUAUUUGUACUUGCUGAUCGAUAUGGGCUCAGGCAAAACCAAGCUGAAGGCCAGCAACAAGAAGGUCAACGACGGGGAAUGGUGCCACGUGGACUUCCAGAGAGAAGGAAGGAAGGGGUCCAUCUCAGUCAACAGCCGCAGCAUGCCCUUCAGCUCUCCAGAGGGCAGCGAGAUCCUGGACCUGGACAGCGACAUGUACCUGGGCGGCCUCCCCGAGUCCAAGACGGAGCUCAUCCUGCCGCCCGAGGUGUGGACGGCGCUGCUCAACUACGGCUACGUGGGCUGCGUCCGCGACCUCUUUAUCGACGGCAAGAGCCGCGACGUCCGCCGCCUGGCCGAGAUCCAGAGCGCGCUGGACGUUAGCAGCUUCUGCACGCGCGAGCUGCAAAAGCGCUGCAGCAGCACCCCCUGCGGCAACGGCGGGCUGUGCAAAGAGGGCUGGAACCGCUACAUAUGCGACUGCACCAGCACGGGAUUCCUGGGCACCAACUGCGAGAUAGAGGCGACGGUGCUGAGCUACGAUGGCAGCAUGUACCUGAAGAUCAUCACGCCCGUCACCAUGCACACGGAGGCCGAGGACGUGGCGCUGCGCUUCAUGUCCCAGCGCGCCUACGGCCUGCUCGUGGCCAGCACCUCCAAGGAGUCGGCCGACACGCUGCGGCUGGAGCUGGACGGGGGCCGGGUCAAGCUCACCGUCAACCUCGAUUGUAUCAGGAUAGACUGUAGCCUCAGCAAAGGACCCGAGACGCUGUUUGCGGGCCAGAAGCUGAACGAUAACGAGUGGCACACGGUGAAGGUGGUGCGAAGAGGCAAGAGCCUGCAGCUCUCUGUAGAUAACGUCACAGUGGAAGGCCAGAUGACUGGUGCCCACACACGUCUGGAGUUCCACAACAUCGAGACGGGCAUCAUGACCGAGCGCCGGUUCAUCUCGGCGGUGCCGUCCAACUUCAUCGGCCACCUCCAGGGCCUGUCCUUCAACGGCGUGACCUACCUGGACCAGUGCAAGAACGGCGACAUCUCCUACUGCGAGCUCAACGCCCGCUUCGGCAUGCGCCACAUUAUCGCCGACCCGGUGACGUUCCGAACCAAAGGCAGCUACCUGGCGCUGGCCACGCUGCAAGCGUACGCCUCCAUGCACCUCUUUUUCCAGUUUAAAACCACCACGCCCGACGGCCUGAUGCUCUUCAACUCUGGCGAUGGGAGCGACUUCAUUGUUGUGGAACUGGUCAAAGGGUUCGUCCACUACGUCUUCGACCUUGGCAACGGCCCGUCGCUAAUGAAGGGCAACUCAGACAAGCCGCUCAACGACAACCAGUGGCACAACGUGGUGGUGUCCCGGGACGCCAACAACGUACAUACCCUCAAGAUCGACUCGCGCACCGUGACUCAGCACUCCAACGGAGCCCGUAACCUGGACCUCAAAGGAGAGCUGUACAUCGGUGGCGUGAUAAAGAACAUGUACAGUAAUCUGCCCAAGCUGAUUGCGUCCCGGGACGGCUACCAGGGCUGCCUGGCCUCUGUGGACCUGAACGGGAGACUCCCCGACAUGAUUGCAGAUGCCCUCCACAGGGUGGGCCAGGUGGACCGAGGCUGCGAUGGACCAAGUACCACCUGUACGGAGGACUCCUGCUACCAUCAAGGGGUUUGUCUCCAGCAGUGGGAGGGCUUCACCUGUGACUGCACCAUGACGUCCUAUGGAGGCUCGUUUUGCAAUGACCCUGGGACAACAUACAUAUUCGGCAGGGGUGGGGCCCUCAUCACGUACACGUGGCCGCCCAACGACCGGCCGAGCACACGGGCAGACCGGCUGGCAGUGGGCUUCAGCACGCAGCUGAAGGAGGCCAUCUUGGUCAGGGUGGAAAGCGCCAAGGGACUGGGCGACUACCUGGAGCUGCAUGUAGAGAGGGGAAGGAUCGGCGUGAUCUUCAACGUGGGAACGGACGACAUCGUCAUCGAGGAGAGCGCGGUGAUGGUGAGCGACGGCAAAUACCACGUGUUGCGCUUCACGCGCAGCGGUGGCAACGCCACGCUGCAGGUGGACAACCAGCCUGUCAUUGAGCGCUUCCCCUCAGGGAACUUUGAUAAUGAGCGCCUGGCUAUUGCUAGACAAAGAAUCCCAUACCGCCUCGGUCGGGUAGUUGACGAGUGGCUACUCGACAAAGGUCGCCAGCUGACCAUUUUUAACAGUCAAGCGUUCAUCAAAGUCGGCGGAGGGGAGAAAGGCCGCCAUUUCCAGGGCCAGAUCUCGGGCCUGUACUACAACGGCCUGCAGGUGCUCAAACUGGCCGCCGAGGGCGACCCCAAUGUGCAGACGCAGGGAAGCCUGCGGUUGGUGGGCGACGUGCCCUCAGUGCUCGCCACCGACGCCACUUCCACCACGCCGCUAGCUGACAUGUCCACCACCAUCAUGGAGACCACCACCACCAUGGCCACCACCACCACCCGCAAACAGCGCUCGCCCACCAUCAGGGACAGUGUCACGCAGAAUGCGGAUGAAAUUUUGGUAGCGUCAGCAGAGUGUCCGAGCGAUGACGAAGAUUUGGAGGAGUGCGAGCCUGGAAAUGGAGGUGAAAUAGUCUUGCCCAUUAUAACGGUGGACUCGAUAGACCCCCCCUCCAUCGCCACCCGCUACCCGGUAAUCCCUCCACCCCCCACUACUUAUCGCCCCUUCCUCACCUUACUCGAAACCACCAAAGAGUCCCUCCCCUUGCCCAAUAUGCGCCCCCCUUGCCCCACGGACCAGGAGGACUGCGAGGAAAACUCGGAGGUGUCCGCGUACGGCUCAGGCGAGAUGACCGAGUCGGAUGACGAAGACUAUUACAAAAACUCGCCCCUGGUCACCGACCGGACUGUCCUCCCCUCGCCCCCGGCUGGCGAGGGCCAAAACCCCCGAGAUCGCAAUUUCUCACGCCUCCCUUACGACCGCCGCCCACCCGCGUCCUCCGCCCCCACGGCCGACCCCGAUCAGCUCAGCCCCGGCGUCAAGGUGGCGGGCGGCGGCAAUAGCAACAAUUUACCGGCCGGGAAAAUGAACACUCGGGAUCAGGUGCUGCUGCCGCCGGCCCACCCCUCGUCAGACCCCGGCCACCGCAGAGUGUCGGGAAUAACCUACCCUCCCAAUUUCCCCCGCAUUCCCACUCCAGACCCGACGUCCCCCGAGAGAAGUCUUCCGGGCGCCGUGGAGGUGCAGCAGUCGAGCAGCACCACGGGGAUGGUGGUGGGCAUUGUGGCGGCCGCCGCCCUCUGCAUCCUCAUCCUGCUCUACGCCAUGUACAAGUAUCGCAACCGAGACGAGGGCUCCUACCAGGUGGACCAGAGUCGCAACUACAUAAGCAACUCGGCCACGCAGAGCAACGGCACCCUGGUGAAGGAGAAGCCGCCGAGCGCCGCCAAGACGGCCCCAAAGAACAAGAAGAACAAAGACAAGGAGUACUACGUUUGAAGGACGGAGGCAGGUCGUGUUUGAGAGAGAGAGAGAGAGAGAGAGAGAGAGAGAGAGAGAGAGAGAAAGAGGCGAGAAAUGUGAGCCUGGUGGACCUUUGUACAAGCCAACCUAAUCUUCUUGAGGAGAGACGGCGAGGAGAGAAGGCAAACUUGUAACUUUGUUCGGAAGUCACUUAUCGAAACUUCCUGUGCCAACGACCGAUUGGGUGAAGUUACUUGUCCAGUAAUGUACAGAAUCCACGAGAACAGUAUCCAGUGCCACGUCAUGGCCAUCUCUCUCCUCUCUCUCGCUCGCCCUGCUGGCCUCACGCACUCUGCCUCUUGCCAUGUCUUCGGUGCUCAGUAGCUGGUGCGACCGCGUGUUUCGAGCAUGUAGUAUUCAUCCAGGACAAAGACACAAACUUUCUUUCUUUCUGUGGAGUUCAGAGAAAAAAAAAAAACAACAACGUAGCAAUUCCCGUGCGAUACUGCCACCGAAGGCUCCACACACUAACGGAUGGCCAAAUUCCCCUUGGACGUCUGUGUCGUGUUUCUCCCACUUGGAGAUGCGCUCUGAGAAUCUGUCUCUACAGCGAGCGAUCGCAUCAAAGCAGGGAAAAAAGCUUCGGCCAACCGCUCUAUAGGAUGAUAAAUAUACGGACGGGCAUUAUUGCAGAGACGGAGAGUUGGCCGAGACAGUGUAGCUCUGAAUCUGCUGUCGUCCGAACCAUUUCACCGCCUGAAACCCGCAGAGGCUGCCGGUCAGGAACUGUGCGGCCUCGCUGCAGGAUUCAGUCCCUCGCUUCGCUCUGAGAAAGGACAGAAUGGGAAUCCGUGGCAGCCAGCGAGCCUCGAACGGCCUCUCCGGAGCCCGACUGGACCUUUGCGGUUCUUUGUCGGCUCCCGGGAAGACGGCCGUUAUGAAGUACUCACGUGUUCUCAUUUUCUCAGCUCUACUAAAAGAAAACUGUACCAUGAUAACAAAACAAAAAAAUGCUGAAAAAGUUUGUGAAAUGUCUAAAUAUUUGCCAUCGAAGAGAAACGUGUUCCCCCCUGAUGAUCAUUCCUGUUUACUAAAAGAAAAGAAAAAAGUCCACAAUCCUGAGCAGCGAAGAAAAUCUUUUUGUUGUUAUUGGUUUGCCUUUGGUAAAUUUGGGGUAUGUACUUGUUCAUCAUGCUUACUCAAUCGAUUGUUUGUUUGUCCUGCAACCUUUUCUUUUCUCUCUGUAUUGUACGUCCCUUAAUUCCCCCUACUGUUUUCUAAUGAUUGCUUUUCUAUCUCUUUGUGUCUGUACGCUUACAGACCUGCGCCAUCAUUUUGCUGCCACAAUUUUUUUUCAAACUCUGCCUCAUCACAUAACACCCAAUAUCCCCAUGUUCUUUCUAAAUGUUAUUGUAAAGUGUGCCAGUGAGAUGACUCUAAAUAUGUGUACAUUAACAGAGGGAAUACACUUGGUUAUAUACUUCUUA